CUGCGGACCACGCCGGAGGCUGCUCGCUUGCGCGACUUACUUGUUUCGCACGGGGCCUGCGACGCCGAGAUCUGCACCGAGGUGAAGGCAACUGCGAGAGCGGCACCCCGCAUGGCAGACCUGAUGGAGAGUCUAUCUCUCUCGGAUCAGGAGAUCGUGGAGAAAUGGCGCCUGAGCAAAGAAGAGGCGGCUAGGCGGGGCACCUGCGCGCACUGCGCGGUCGAAGCCCACCUCAACCGCGUUCUGGUGCCCCACGGCGCCGCGGAGUUCCAGUUGUUCUCGAAAUUUCUGGGCGCGCUGAGAGGUCUGGCGGCUUCGAAGUUCACGAACCCAUGGGAGAAUGCGAAGUUUUUAUUAGGCCGGUGGAUGUUGGAACGUCACUACGGCGCCCGCGCGGCCGCGAUGUUUGCGGUCUGCCUGCAUCCGGACAACGGCGACCAGCCUUUCUUGGACGACGUGCCGGUGAUCCCAGAGAUCGAGGAGCUCAUGGCCAUUCAGCGCUCGAGGCCCCGGGAGUCGCGGGCAACGGCGUCGGAAGACGCCAGCGAGAUAGACCCUGCGGGCGGCUG